AUGGGCCGCUACUCGGGCAAGACGUGCCGGCUGCUGUUCAUGCUCGUGCUCACCGUCGCCUUCUUCGUGGCCGAGCUGGUGUCGGGCUACCUGGGCAACUCCAUCGCGCUGCUGUCCGACUCCUUCAACAUGCUGUCGGACCUGAUCUCGCUGUGCGUGGGGCUGAGCGCCGGCUACAUCGCCCGGCGCCCCCGCGGGGGCCUGAGCGCCACCUACGGCUACGCCCGCGCCGAGGUGGUGGGCGCGCUCGGCAACGCCGUCUUCCUUACCGCGCUCUGCUUCACCAUCUUCGUGGAGGCCGUGCUGCGCCUGGCCCGGCCCGAGCGCAUCGAUGACCCCGAGCUGGUGCUCAUCGUCGGCGCCCUGGGGCUGGCCGUCAACGUGGUCGGGCUGCUCAUCUUCCAGGACUGCGCCGCCUGGUUCGCCUGCUGCGGCCGCCGCCGCCGCCAGCAGCAGCGGCAUCAGCAGCCGGCGGCCGGGGGCGGCCCUCGCGGCGUCUUCCCGGGUCCCCAAGGCGCCGAGGGCCGCUGGCACGCCGCCGCCCUGCCAGCCCCCGGCCGCGACUCGGCCGUGACCCUCCGUGUGGCCUCGGUGGACGAGAAGGGGGCGACCGUGUUCUCCAACGUAGCAGGUGAUUCCCUGACUACGCAGAAUGAACCAGAAGAGACUAUGAAAAAGGAGAAGAAGUCCGAAGCCCUGAAUAUCAGAGGGGUACUUUUACAUGUGAUGGGAGAUGCCCUGGGGUCGGUGGUUGUGGUGAUUACGGCCAUCAUAUUCUAUGUGCUUCCCCUGAAACAUGAGGACCCAUGUAACUGGCAGUGCUACAUUGACCCCAGCCUGACUGUCAUCAUGGUCAUCAUCAUUUUGUCAUCUGCCUUCCCACUCAUCAAGGAGACUGCUGCCAUUCUGCUGCAGAUGGUCCCCAAAAACGUCAACAUGGAAGAGCUGAUGAGUAAGCUCUCUGCCGUGCCCGGAAUUAGCAGUGUCCAUGAAGUUCACAUCUGGGAACUGAUAAGUGGGAAGAUCAUUGCCACUCUGCACAUCAAGUAUCAGCAGGACGGGGGAGAUCGGGAUGCCAGUAUAAAAAUUCGAGAAAUCUUCCACAACACGGGAAUCCACAAUGUGACCAUCCAGUUUGAGAAGGUGGACCUGAAGGGGCCCCUAGAGCCGAAGGACGUGCAGUUGCUCUGCAGCUCACCCUGCAUCUCCAAGGGCUGCAGCAAGCAGCUGUGCUGUCCCCCCGGGGCGCUGCCUCUGGCCCACAUCAAUGGCUGUGCCGAGCACAAUGGCUGUCCCCCACUGGACUUGUCCCGGAGUGAUGGCCUUGGGAGACGACAAACAGCAGAAGUGGCUCUUGAAGUAUCUUUGGAAGGUUGUCUGAGUGACCACGGACAAGCUCUUAGCAAAUCUCAGGAGGACUCACGUUAUAUCAACAGCACACAUUUUUAG